GGAAAGGAGGAAGGAGAGGAAGGAGAUGAAGGGGUGGAGGAUGUUUUAAUAAAUCAGGAUCAAGAUCUUUCAGCAAGUGAGAAGAAGAUGCUGCUUAGGAUCAGAGACAGGUCACGUGUCAGUAAAGAGGAGCGUAGUACUAUCCGUAAGCUAAAGCGACGACGUGAGCGUGAGCGCCGCGAGGCUGAGCGAGAGCUAAUCCAGGCCCGGUAUACCAGACACAGGGAAACCGGUUUAGUUGAGGAGCACGUGGUUCCCAGGGACAGGUCCAACAGCGCCUGCUUUAAGGAGAUCAGGGAGAGAUUAAUUAAUAAGGAGGAGGUUCUCAGGGAGAUUGAUAGAGAGAUCCGUGAAGAUGACCGGCGUGAGAUCCAGGAGCGCGCUGAACAGGAGAGAUUGCGUGCAAAGAAGACCGAGAAGGUUAAACGUGAACCAGAGACUGCACUCGCCGAUACAUCUAGUAUACCCGCCCCCCGCCCUGCGCCCAGGACCACAACUGCCGCGGCGGACACCUCGAUGGAUCCGGAAAAGAAAGUGCGGGAAAGAUUUCUUAAGGAGAUGUCUGCCUGGAUAGUUAAGAUUUUAACUCCAUACAGGAGUAGUAAGGGUAGAGGACAGAUAAAAUCUAGCGAAGAUUUUAAAUAUCUCGCUAAAAAGUUGAAUCACUUGAUCUACAAGAAGGAGCGGGAUAGAGUUCGAAGUAUUGAGGAACUCAAGAUCACGGACAAGAUGAAGAACAAGGCAGCGGAGUACAUCAAGAAGAAGAUGAAUACCUACGAGAAGGAAUAUAAACCUUCUCCUCAUAGAUAAAUGCAACGUGAGAAGAGCUUCCAUUGAUUCGGGAUAAAUCCAAAUCCACUAAUUCUCGAGAUCAGCUGUUCCUAUUAUAUUUGAUUAUUUAAUUUCGCGGAUUCUGAUGUUCACAAUUAUUUUUAAAAUCCGUAACGUCACGACUUAAUUUCUGUUAAUGGUUGGAAUUAUUAAAAAGGAUAAUUUCGACACUAGUUCUUGAAACUUAUAGCUUAAUUGUAAAGCAGUACGCUAUACCGGGGGGNGGGGAAUGCAUGUUAUACUUUACAAGUCCAAUAUGUUAAUUAUCGAUAAUUGCAUUUAGCUAUUCUGUUAAAAUGUUCACUGAAAUAUACUGUUAAAAAACUCA